UCGUAUAUGCGCUAGCAGCGAUAGUGCAGGUGUAGAACCAAGCCGAGCCGCCCGAGCACCCGUGGAAUCGCAGACAACCGCAAGUAGAAUCCUUGCAAAUUCGUGGAAAAGAUCGAAUUACGUCCCUCCGAAGAACAGCGCGUAUAAUUUGGUCCUCGCCCUAAUCAUGUUCGCAGCAAGGCGUGCUCUCGUUUCCAAAACAAUCAAGGAUGUAUUCACAAGAUCGAAACAUUCACUUCCGGAUCUGCCAUAUGAAUAUAAGGCUCUGGAACCUAUCAUAUCCAGCGAGAUCAUGGAGCUCCAUCAUUCCAAACAUCACGCGACUUACGUUAACAAUCUGAAUGUCGCCGAGGAAAAAAUGCGAGAGGCAGUCGCGAAAGGUGACGUUAAUACACAAAUCGCUUUGGGCCCAGCUAUAAAGUUCAACGGCGGUGGUCAUCUUAAUCAUUCAAUUUUCUGGUGCAACCUUUCGCCAGAUGGUGGCAAUCCAGAUGCUGCUCUUACGAAGCAAAUCAACAAAGACUUUGGCAGUAUGGAGGAAAUGAAGAAGCGCUUGUCUGAGAUGACCGUGGCGAUUCAGGGCUCCGGUUGGGGUUGGCUUGGAUACGAUCAGAAAACCAAGUCGCUGAGGCUAGCCACCUGUGCGAAUCAAGAUCCACUGCAAGCCACAACCGGUCUUAUUCCUCUCUUUGGUAUCGACGUGUGGGAACACGCCUAUUACUUACAAUAUAAGAACGUGCGACCUGUUUACGUACAAGCAGUCUUUGACAUUGUCAACUGGCAGGAUGUAAACGCGCGUUUCAAAAACGCCAUCGGCUGCUAACAAAGUUAACCUGAUUUGAAAUCGUUUAGCAUUUAAAUCUGUUUUUUAAAUAUUAAGAUGUUACUUGGAGUGACACUUUUAAAAUUGAAAGGUACCAGAAACUUUUGACUCACACUUAGUAAUUCGCCGUGAUAUCAUGUAUGCUUUUUUUUCUACAGUAAAAGUACAUUUAUUUAGAAUUAUGUUCUUAAUGUAAAAAAAGACUUGCUUUGAUAUUGAUAGUAAUGAGAGUGAUUUAAUUUACUAGUUUGAUUUGAUCUUCAGCUUUUAUAUUUAUUAUAAGAGUAGGCAAUGGGGAACCACUUUGGUUAUUGCUUUUCAGUUGCUAUAGAAAAAAAACUAAAAUGACCCUUAAACACUUCAUAAUAUUAUACAAUAUUCUACUAGAUAAUGCAAGAUGGUUUAAAAUAAUUUGCAAAUCAAUAAUAUUGUGCAAUAUUGUUACGUUUAAACGUGGUUUAAAAUAAAAAAGCUAGUCUUAAACUUCAAAUAAGUUAUAGAAUAAGUUAGAAUAGUUAUCUCUUUUUCUUUAAAAUAAUCGUCAUUAGGAAGAUCUGAUAUGGCAUAUUGAAUAAAAGAAAAAUGAUAAUUAUUUCUGCUCCUACAUGAUUCUCUUCUAUAUAUUAAUUUUAAAAUAAAAUUAACUGCUUAUACUUUUUGAAACUGUAAAACUGCAUUUGAAAGUUGUAAGCUGUCAAUAGAUGAAUUUACCAUAUUUAAGAAUUCCAAGAAACAUAUGAUUAAAAGUUCAUUUGGGGCCAUA